AUGCACUCCAGUAGUGCUUUGAGAUGUCUACGAAAGCGGACUGUUGGCGAUGUCCUCUUCUGGCAGACAAUUCGCAGGCAAAGCGGGUUUUCAACAACAAAACCUCUGGUUGAAAAGUUCACGCUGCCUUUCGUAGAGACGAGUGACAAACAAGACAAGACAGAAAGUGCCAUUAGCACAGAACCCCCAUUGGAAUUAGCAGAAAAGAGGAAUAGACCUAAUAGGGGGAUUCGCUCAGUCAAGAACUCUUUGCCGCCUUCGUUACAAUAUGUUCGAGACACAAUGGACAAAUACAAGGAUUAUGUGGUGCUAACACAGAUGGGCUCUUUUUAUGAGCUGUAUUUCGAGCACGCGGAGAUGUAUGCUCCAAAAUUGAAUCUGACGCUCACUAGCCGUGACUAUGUUCAUGGCAAAGUUGCAUUUGCAGGGUUUCCUGUUCAUCAGAUUCAGCGUCACUUGAAAGUUUUGGUCAAAGAGCAUGGGUUCAGCGUGGCAGUUGCUGAUCAAUUCAAAAGAGAAGCAUCUUUCACAAAUGAGACCAAUCGGUUUCUGCGAAGAGUGACCAGAAUCGUCACUCCAGGAACUUUCAUAGACGAAGCCUUUGAGAAUUUCCAAGAGAACACCUUUUUGCUUAGUUUAGACUUUCCAGAAGGUUGCAUGCAAAAAGUGGCUGACAUUGGCAUAAAAGUUGGUCUUUGCUGGUGCGACAUAUCAACUGGUGAGGUAUUUGUUUUGCAAGUGCUUUUGAAAGAUGUUGUUUCGGCAAUUGCACGGAUCGCGCCUAGAGAAAUCCUUUUGGAUGAAGAGCUAGUGAGUUUUGGUGUAGAAAAUGGUACAUGGUACCCAGAAUUUGUGGAGCUGAAGAAAUACUUUGUGACGUACCAACGUCUUCCGUCGGGCCAUCGGGAGAUUCGUUCAUUUUAUCCACUAUUCAACAGUGGGGGAGAGGAAGGCCACGAUUUGGCUGUGCUGGACAUGACAUUACGAGAUUUUACUCAAAAGGAAGUAGCGGCUUUGAGAAACACGCUCCUGUAUAUCGAAGAGCAUUUACCCAAUACCACUGUAAAUUUACAGGUCCCUCAAAGACAGCUUACCAGUUUCAUUAUGCAAAUUGACUCACGAACUAGUUCAGCGUUGGAGCUCAGCACUACUCUACGAACAAAUACCAAGAAAGGUUCUCUACUCUCGGUGAUCCGUCGAACUGUAACGCCUUCAGGCAGUCGACUAUUAGCGCAAUGGCUUUCAGCUCCAUCGCUCAAUCUACCCGAAAUCCAUCAGCGACAGAAGUUAGUGGGCCUUUUUCAAGAGAAUUUCGAUAAAACGGAGGUUCUUAUACGGCUAUUGAAACAGACUUACGAUAUGCCGCGCAUUAUACAAAAGUUUUCAUUCGGUAAAGGUGAUGCCGCUGAGCUGUUGCAACUAUCGCACUCGCUACAAAGAGGAAAAAUCAUUGGCGAUUAUAUGAAAAGAGAGUUUAGUGGCAAGAGAAAAGUUUCGAAAAAACUGCUCGCCUCUCUUGUUCGUCCAUUAACGUACGAUAAAGAAUUGAUCGACAGAGUUUUAAACUCCCUUGAUGAAGAACAAUUGAUCAUUUUUGAAAAGGCUCAGGCUGCGGAAGCAACGGAGAGCUUGGAAUCCCCAGAGAAAUCCUCUUUUCAAUAUGGCGAGUCGCUACCUUGGGUGGUGAAACCUGAUUCCAGUAGCAAGCUUCAAGAUUUGCAUCGGUUGCACGCAGACCUUUUGAAAGAUCAAGAAUGCUUACAACAAGAACUCAGGUCAUUUUUCGUUGGCGGCAUUCAAGCUAGAACGGUACAUUUGAAAAUCAAGCAAACGAGCGAGUACGCCAUUCACAUUUCAGCAACUACAAUCAACAUGAAGGAAAUCUCAAAAAUUGUUCGGGACGGACUUCAAUUUCGCGGGAAUGCGUUUCGAAUCUUACAAAAAUCCUCACAAAGCAUAUGGUUAAGUCAUAGGUCUUGGGUAGAUCUCGGACAGGAGCUUCAGUAUGCGGCAGUCAGGAUAAGAAAGGAAGAGGAUGCAUUGAUUUCCGAACUUAAGAAUGAAUUCGUCUCGAGAAGUUCCUCGAUCAGAGGUGCGGCUCAAAUAUUAGACUAUUUGGAUGUUUUGACAUCUUUUUCACAGCUCGCCUUGGAGAAAAAUCUGGUAUGUCCAAUUGUAGAUUCGUCCAGCGAUCUCAACAUCAAGGGCGGUCGCCAUAUCAUGGUGGAAGAUGCGCUAAGCGCGAAAACGCUGGAUAAAUUCACGCCCAAUAGCACUUCCUUGUGUGCUGGAAAACUUUGGGUUAUUACAGGGCCAAAUAUGGGCGGUAAGUCAACCUACUUGAGACAAAACGCAAUAAUAGCCAUUUUGGCCCAGAUUGGUUGUUACGUUCCCUGCGAGUCUGCAACAGUAGGCAUAGUAGACAAGAUAUUCAGUCGGGUUGGUUCAGCUGACGACUUAUACAACGAAAUGAGCACUUUCAUGGUAGAGAUGAUAGAAACUGGUUAUAUCUUGAAAGGAGCAACUCCUAGAUCAUUGGCUAUUUUGGAUGAGAUAGGAAGGGGCACGAGUGGUAAGGAAGGUGUCAGCAUUGCAUAUGCUACAUUGAAGCAUUUAAUUGAACAGAAUGGUUGCAGGUCACUUUUCGCAACACAUUUUGGUAAAGAGUUACAGAGACUUAUCGACAUUAAAUGCGAACCAGCUAUUCGGGAAAGAGUCAGCUACUACCAAAGUACUGUACAUGAUCGUGAGGGCGGUAAAUUUCUAUAUGAUCACCAACUCACGCCAGGUGUCUGUGAGAAAUCAGACGCGAUCAAAGUGGCCCUCAAGGCAGGCUUUCCAAAAGGUGCUCUAAAUGAUGCUGAGGAGGUUUUAUUGAGUUACGGAUAA